AUGACGAGUCUCGUCGCUAAGAAGCCUCACACGGACGAUGUGGCCAUCGCGCAGGCCGAAGCUCCUGAGAUUCCCUAUGUGAACUGGCGCAAAGACCCUCAGCUCCGCAAGCUGUAUUUCUACGCCGGCAUCAUUUGCGUUGCCUCCGCCACCACCGGCUACGAUGGCUCUAUGUUCAACGCUAUCCAGAUUCUCGAUCAAUGGCAAGAUACCUUCGAUCACCCCACGGGCAGCACCCUUGGCCGCCUUUCUGCCAUGUACUCGAUCGGGUCCAUUGCGUCGCUCCCGAUCGCACCCUUCAUUUCUGACCGAUUCGGUCGCAGAGCCUCCAUCAUCGUCGGCUGCUUGAUCAUGGUGAUCGCUGCUGCCGUACAGACUUCAGCUAAUGGCCAACCUCAGUUCGAGGGUGGCCGGUUUUUCAUGGGUUUCGGCAACUCCAUGGCCCAGCUAGCCUCGCCUCUGCUACUCACUGAGAUCUGCCAUCCUCAACAUCGUGGUCGGGUCACUGCCAUCUAUAAUUGCUUGUGGAAUGUGGGCGCGCUUGUCAACUCCUGGAUCUCUUUCGGCACGCAGAACAUCCCUAGCGACUGGUCAUGGCGCAUUCCCACCCUCAUCCAGGCUGUUCCUUCCCUCAUCCAACUUGCCUUCAUCUACUGGAUUCCAGAGUCCCCGCGGUGGCUCAUUAGCAAGGACCGUACCGACGAAGCUCUCAAUAUGCUCGGCAAGUACCACGCCAACGGGAACAUCAACGAUCCCACCGUGCAAUUUGAAUAUGCUGAAAUCAAGGAAACGCUGCGCUUGGAGUUCCUGUACCGCAAAUCUUCGCGCUACAUCGAUUUCAUCAAAACGAAGGGCAACCGCUACCGCCUUGCGAUCAUCAUUUCGCUUGGUCUGAUCUCGCAAUGGUCCGGAAACGGUCUUCUCUCCUACUAUUCCAACCUCAUCUUUGAGUCCGUGGGCAUCACCUCGGCCAACACGAAGCUCGGUCUUGACGGUGGCAACAAGGCUCUCUCACUCAUUGUCUCUAUCACGUGUGCCAUGCUCAUCGACCGUGUGGGCCGCCGACCACUCUUCCUCGCCGCCACAACGGGCAUGCUGCUGUUCUUCACCGCACUCACCAUCGUUGGCGCGCGCUACACCGCCAACCCAUCCGACGGCCUCGGCAUCGUCUUUAUCGUCUUCAUCUGGCUGCACGGUGUUGCGUAUGCGCUGGCCUGGUCCGGCUUGCUGGUCGCCUACACUGUCGAAAUUCUGCCGUUCAAGCUGCGCGCCAAGGGCCUGACAAUCAUGAACGUUGCUGUGCAGGUCGCUCUCGUCAUCAACAACUACGUCAACCCCCUGGCCAUCGGCACAGGUGAGCCUUGGGAGAAGACCGGCUGGAAGCUGUACUGCAUUUACACUGUUUGGAUUGCCAUCGAGCUCAUCUGGGUCUUCUUCAUGUACCCUGAGACCAAGGGCCCUACUCUGGAAGAAAUCGCAAAGAUCUUCGAUGGUGACGCCGCCGAGGUCGGCACGGUCGAGGUUAAGGGCACCGAGGGCCUGUCCAACGUGCGCUCCGGCUCCGUUGCGCAGCACUCUGUUGGCGGCGACGACGAGAAGGCCGGCGGACGCGUCGUCCAGAAAGAGACUGCUUAG